CGGCAACUUUAUUCAACAAUGCCAUAUUGUGCUGUAUACAAGUGUUUCAGUUCUUCAAAUGUGGACAAGAAUGUAUCAUUUUUUCAAAUUCCAAAGGAUGUCACUCUUCAAAAAAUAUGGUUACGUUAUUGUAAUAGGAGGGAGUUCACUUUUAACAAACACUCUCGACUCUGUAGCAAGCACUUUACGCCAGAGCAGUAUCUGCGCCUUCCAUCCAGAAUGGCAGAAUUGGGAUAUCCAAAUGCUCGUGCCCAAUUAAAGAACGGUGCUAUACCCGACGUUCCCUGGACUACACCGGGAAGAAUGAGAAAAAACUGUGCACAUGUAUAUAACAGGAAGAAACCGUUAAUUGAGCUAUCGCACAAUGAAGAGGGGGCAAGUGAUGGAAUCACCAGAGAGAAUAACGUAUCGUCCACCGCUGUUGGAGGUCAGUUUGAGCCCGCGUCGUCAGUUGACAGAGCUGUCCAGGUGUUGAUUCCAAAAAGAAAAGUUAAAACAAGGACAAAGGGGAUUCAAGUGGGAAAAAAUAAAAGUGAAACCGUUGAUAUAGGUGUGCAAUGCGAACCAUUUAAUAACGGUAUUUCGGGUGCUGAAAUCACUCACUGUGCGAACUGUCGAGUCAAACAUGUUGUUGGGGAACUGCGUUCAAAAGCUGCAAGAUCAAGAUUACUGGGCAUGUUGUGACGAACAAUUGAACACAACGCUGUUCACUUUUCCGUGAUUCAACAUGACUUUUCCACGAAAAAAAAUCCUGCUUUUCCCCGACAAAUCAAACUGUUAUUUCUCGAAUAUAUUUUAUGCUUUUUCGCGACUAAUUUUAACAUGUAACUCUUUCAUUAGUCAGAUAAAAAAAAAAGUGUAAUUGUGGCUUUGCAUAAUUAUCAUACGCUGCAUCGGUGAGAAAUAUAUCGCCUUUUACUUUUCUGUCCAUCGCAUAUUAUGCAUUGAUUACCAGGAUUUUUUUUCUGUGUAUGAAUACAUGUGAUUUCCAUGACAUCUGAACCUAAUGGCUAUCACCCACCAGAUUCAGUCAAUUUUUAUUGCACCGUGAACUCUAUGAGGUAAUACCGGAAAUUACGCUUAAAUAUAAUGACAACAGUUUGAUGUCAUUUAACUUGAUUUAAGGAUAUCCGAUCCUCAGCCAGGAAGGAUAACUCUUAAAUUUGUUAUUUCACUUAAAUAGUUUCAAAAUGAAGCUUGAAAUUUAGAUUUUUUCAUGCAAUAAUUUUCAUUUUAUGCAUCUUGGUAUGAUCCAAGGUUCUCUGAAGCCUUAGAAACGGUCUUUUAAAAAGUUGACAUUUGUACCCUAUAAAAGAAAAGAAAUUAACUAAUUUUUAGAGAAAUCGAAUUUCCUUUAAUCUAGCAUAAGAUACUAAUGCGUAUUAGCAUGUUAUGAAAUUUGACGUGAUCUGUGAUGUCUAGCAAUAACACAAGCUUUUUACAUACAUAUUCCAUAACAACUGAAGUAAAUAGAAAAACUAAAAUACUGUAUAAGCAUAAAAAAGAUGCAAUUUUCUCCAAAUGCCUGGAUAAUUAUAUUUUUUUUAAUCCUAAAAUAUAUUUGUUGAUCAAUUUUUAAUUAGAAAAUGCAUAGCUGGUGUUUUUAUUCGCAUU